CUCUGUUAAAUGCUGAGUUAUUUUAAUCUGCUCGUGUUUAGCUGUUCUGAAUAAUUCCGUGUGGGGUUUCUGUGCUUCUGUAAUGCGGCUUUGGGGGACCGAAUUCACUGUAACUCCGGCGCGAACUCCAACAGGAAGGAGUUAGGAAGGAGCAUGUAGUUAGCAUUACCCUCGCGCUGCAGGAGAAAUAAACUUUAAACAAUAUUAAUUAUAUAAUUUUAUAAAGACGAAAUGCGUCAAACAAGAAGCCUCCGAGCAAAAUCAGCCGCUAAGUCAGAGACUGAAGGGCCAGCAGGUCUGCCAGUAAUCAGGCCUGAUUGUGUGUGGCAGUGGGAGAAUGAUGAUGGACAGUGGGAGCCAUAUACAUCCACAGUGUGUGCCCAGCUUGAUGCAGCAUUCAGAGCCAGGAAGAGCUUAGUAACCCUGCAGUUCGGCCCUGGAUACAAAGUGGACCUGGUGAAGAUGACCCAGACUAACUCAGCAACCAAAUAUUGCAGGAAGAUCCGCUCACACACUGUGAAGGCAGAGAAUGUGAAUGGAGAUGGGGGCUCCCAUCUGACCAGUGAUGCUCCCGUUAAAGAGGAAGAAACUGAGGAGGAGGUGCCUGAUGCAAAGAAGAGACGCAGAGGUGGGAAGAGCCAGAAAGAUACCAAAGCUUCACCCACUAAGGAGACAGACAGUAAAGAGGUGGUAAAGACGGUGGUGAUGAAGGGGAAAGCUCCGGUAGAUUUAGAGUGCAAGGCCAAACUGGGAAAGGCUCAUGUGUACAGCGAAGGAAGUGACAUUUAUGAUGUCAUGCUAAAUCAGACAAAUUUGCAGUUCAACAACAAUAAGUACUACCUUAUCCAGCUGCUGCAGGAUGACCACGCCAAAGCCUACAGUGUAUGGAUGAGAUGGGGGAGAGUGGGAAAAGUUGGACAGAACAAUUUGGUGUCGUGUGGUGGAAACCUCGCUGAAGCUAAAGAGAUCUUUAAAAAAAAAUUCUUAGAUAAGACAAAAAAUGAGUGGGAGGAUCGGGCAAAUUUUGAAAAAGUACCUGGAAAAUAUGAUUUGGUGUUCAUGGACUAUACUGGUAAUGACAAUGAGGAAGAAUCAUGUGAUGUCUCCACUUCUGUCCAGAAGAAGCCGUCUCAGCUGGACCUUAAAUUGCAGUCUCUUCUGGAGCUCAUCUGUGACAUUAAAGCCAUGGAGGAGUGUGUUCUUGAAAUGAAGUUUGACACCAAAAAAGCUCCUUUAGGGAAGCUGACUGUCGAGCAGAUCCGAGCAGGGUACGCCUCUCUGAAGAGGAUUGAGGAGUGUCUGAAGAAAAAAGGCAGCAACAGGGAGCUUCUGGAGGCCUGCAACCAGUUUUACACUCGAAUCCCCCACGACUUCGGUUUACGGGUGCCCCCUACAAUCCGCACAGAGGAGGAGCUAAAGGAGAAGAUGGCACUGCUGGAGGCCCUAAGUGAUAUCCAGAUAGCAGUGAAGAUGGUGGAGUCGAGUAGCCACAGUGAUGAGCAUCCUCUGGACAGGCAAUACCACUCUCUGAAGUGUCAGCUGCAGCCUGUGACCCCCAACAGCCACGAGUUCCAGGUAAUUGAGAAGUAUCUUCAGUCCACCCAUGCACCCACCCACAGUGACUACACCAUGACUGUCCUGGAUAUUUUCUUAGUGGACAGAGAAGGAGAGAGGGACAGUUUCCUCACUGAGAUGCACAACAGGAUGCUGCUGUGGCAUGGGUCUCGUCUCUCUAACUGGGUGGGCAUCCUGAGUCAGGGUCUUCGAGUGGCUCCUCCUGAAGCGCCAGUUACCGGCUAUAUGUUUGGAAAAGGUAUUUACUUUGCUGACAUGUCAUCCAAAAGUGCCAAUUACUGCUUCACCAAUCAGAAGAAUAACAUUGGGCUGCUCUUGCUGUGCGAGGUGGCUCUUGGUGACUGUAAUGAGAUGCUGGAUGCAAACUAUGAUGCUGACAGACUGCCUUCUGGAAAACACAGCACUAAAGGCCUGGGACAGACCGGUCCUGAUCCUAAAAACUUUGUCACACUGGAUGGUGCCACCGUGCCCAUGGGUCCCGGGGUAAAGACUGGUGUAGGCCAGGGUGGAGGAUGCUCCCUGCUGUAUAAUGAGUUUGUGGUGUAUAACCCAGCUCAAACACGCAUGAGAUACCUCCUCCGGGUGCACUUCAACUACUCCUCUCUGUGGUGAGGCUGAUCAGCCUAGCGCUACAGAUCUGUGCCUGGGAUAAAGGUUUGAAAUAAGGGACCUGCAUGUAGAAGCAUAGUGUAGAUACAGCUGUACUGACUCCAGAACGUACAGUGGGUUCAGUUCUGACAGACUCCUUAUUGUUGUAACAGUUGCUGGAUAUUUUGAAGAUACCUAUUUUACUAUUUUUUGCUCUGUUGCUGUUUCUUUUAGACAUUUUGUUACUGGAAUUAUUAAUACGUUAUUGGGUUUAAAAAGUAAGGUUUAGAGGUUUUCAUGUUUGGGUUUUCAAGAACACAUUGAAAAACUGGAAAUUUGGUGAUUGUUUACGGCUUGAACUUCAAAAGAAGAAAAGCUAUGUAAAAUGAAUAUUGAAAUAUUGAAGGUUCUGCUCUAUUUCAUUUAAAGUGAAUGUAUGACACUGUCAAAGUUGAGGUAAAUAAAGGUUAUAUGUGCUUGAAGUUUUAGGAGACUCAGAUGGGUCUUAGAGGCUGAUUAGACAGCAAAUACUGGAAUUGAAGUUUAUAUUCCAUGUUUCACUCCAGUUCUUAUGCUGCUGCUAUGUUUUGUAAUUAAAAAUAAUUUAUUAAAAGUGAAAA